AUGGCAGCUUUCACCAGCACCUGUGGCUCUAGAGUAGCCCAGGCAGCUCGAUCAAGAGGGGAGGACAACCAGGGGAAGCCUGACCAGGCUCCGGGCUGGGCUGGAAAUGACUGCGGUGCUUUGCUGGAGAAGACUCAGGAGUUCUUCCAGAUCUGUGACAUCGAAGAUAAGGGCUUCAUCACGCGGCGCGACAUGCAGAGGCUACAUGGGGAGCUGCCUCUGAGUGCAGAGGAGCUGGAGAAUGUCUUUGACACGCUAGAUGCUGAUGGAAAUGGUUACCUCACCUUCGAAGAGUUUUCCUCUGGAUUCAGUGAGUUCAUGUUUGGCUCAGAGGUGUCCGUAGGGGGUUCACAGACAGUUGAACUUGCUGUUUCUACACAAACGUCCUGUGAUGUACUGUACCAGAGCCAGUGGGAGGAGAGACUGGCAGUAGAAGAGGAUGAUGAGGAGAGGCACUUCUGCAUGCUCAUGGAGAAUUUGGGUGCCAACAAUGUCUUUGAAGAUCCAGGAGAGGUGCGCAGUCUUUGGGCCCAGCUGCGUCGGGAUGAGCCUCACCUACUGUCUAACUUUGAGGAGUUCCUGGCCCGGGUCACGUUCCAGAUCAAGGAAGCCAAUCAGGAGAAAGUAGAGAUGGAGAAUGCACUGAAAAGGAAAGCAGCUACCCAUGAUGCUGAAAUCCAGCGUCUGUAUGAAGAAAUGGAACAACAAAUCACAAAUGAAAAGAACAGGAUCCUUUUACAGGAUUCGGAACGGUUUAUGUCCCGCAGUCAGGAUCUGGAACAACAGCUCUCCAACAAAGAGAGGGAACUUGAGCAGCUCUUCCAGAAACAGAGAAGACUGGAGCGACAGUGUCAUGAGCUGCAUAGCGAACAGCACGAGACCAAGGUGGAGAACGUGAAGCUGAGACAGACUAAUGAGGAGCUGAUGCAAGAGCUGGAGCACACAUCCCAGGAGCUGGCCCUGGCCCAGGAACAAUUAAGCCUCCUGCAGGAGCAGUCCUCCCGUCUGCAUGAGGAGAGAGAGAUGGAGAUGUACCGAGUCACAGAGGGACUGCAAAGAGAGAGAGCAAGUUUGCUGAAGCAGCUGGACUUGCUCAGGGAAAUGAACAAACAUUUACGGGACGAACGAGAUAUUUCCCACCAAAAACCAAAGAAUUCUGUCGAAAAAUCCGCAUGGAUACAGAGGUCUGGAUCAAUAAGUAUGAAUUACAACGAGAGAAAACAAUCUUUUAAAAGUGACGAUGAGGAGGAUGUGCUGCCUCACUCGAAGAGGAAGAGUAUGAUGGGGAUGAAUGGACACAGCGAGCAGGAGGAGCAGCCUGACGGGCGGCUCCCUGCCAGGCGUCAGCUCCAGAGGAUCAUCUCCAUCGAGGAGGACCCCCUGCCUCACCUCCUACAGGAGCAGUACCGGGCCCAGCUGUCAGAAUGGAGUGAGGAGGAGGAUGAGGAGGGCAUAGACCUCCAAAUGAGCAGCAUCUACCCCAACAACACCAGCACUCCCAGUCCAAAGACCCCUCCACCAGCAGAGGACAGGGGUACACACACACCCCAGUCUCCCAGAGGACAACCUGUUGGCAAGGAGACCAUUCAGGCCGAGGAAGGAGCAAGUUCAGGACCAGAGCGUCUUUUCAAGAUUGUCCUGAUAGGAAACUCUAGUGUGGGGAAAACCUCUUUGCUGCGGCGUUUCUGUGACAACUGCUUUUACCCAGGCACCUCUGCUACUGUGGGUGUUGACUACAGUGUGAAGACACUCACAGUGGACAACAGUAAGGUAGCGUUACAGAUGUGGGACACAGCAGGUCAGGAGAGGUACCGCAGCAUAACCAAGCAGUUUUUCCGUAAGGCGGAUGGUGUUGUGGUCAUGUAUGACAUCACCGCUGAGCAGUCGUUUACAGCGGUGCGACAGUGGCUGGCCAGCGUACAGGAGGGGGCUGGCGAGGACAUUCCCAUCAUGCUCUUGGGGAAUAAGACAGACCUAGAGGGCCAGCGAGAGAUCCAGAUGAGCAUGGGCGAGAAAUUAGCCAAGGAUUCACAAUUAAUUUUCUAUGAGUGCAGCGCUUUUUCGGGCCACAAUGUAACUGAAUCAAUGGUGCAUUUGGCAAGGAUUCUGAAAGAACAAGAGGACAGAGAGAAAGAGAAGACCAUAUCAUUGGUGGACAACUCCACAAAGAAAAAAUCCUGCUGCUAG